AUGCGCUUUUCUCGGGCAUUGAAAUCAUCACCACAAUGUCUCCCCAGCCCCGAUGGCGCAUACAUUGCGACCAUCCUCCCCUCAAAGCUCAGCAUUAGAAAAACAGCCACCCUCGAAAUUAUACGCGCAAUAUCAUUACCUCCGGAACUUUCUGCCUCCAUCAGUUGGUUCUUAUGGUCUCCAUCCUCCGCGCGGCUCCUCGUAGCAUCGACGGACAACAUCCGCGUUUAUUCCCCAAGCAACUCCCAAUUCUCAGCCAAUAUCAAAAACCCGACAUCGGAUACAACGAAAAUUACAUUUGUAGCAUUCGGGGCGACGGAUGAUGAGAUAUGCGUGUUUUCCGAAUUUGGAAUCCAACUUUCUGUUAUAAACCUCAAUACUUCGAAAUCAGUGGAUAUCCUUGCGCCCAAACUUUAUCAUCCUGCUGUUGCUGGAAAGGGAUUCGCGUACCGCCCUAAGACACAAAACCUGGCCCUCUUAACUCGCAGUGGAGGGAAAGAUAUAAUUAGCAUUCAUGCACGAGAUGUUUCGGGGGUUAUGAGAUCAUGGCACCCAGAGACUGUUGAUGCCCAGGGGAUUGCGUGGAGUCCGGAUGGCAAAUGGCUCGUGGUUUGGGAGUCGGCGGCGCAGGGACACAGGUUAUUUGUGUAUACGGCAGAUGGCCAUCUUUUCAAGGUCUGGAACGGCCCAAUCCCUGUGUUAGACGAGGAUGGGGAUAUAGAAUUGGGAGCGGGGAUCAAGUUGUUUGAUUGGAAUCGGACGGGGACUCAUAUGGCAGUGGGCGAUUAUAGCAGGAGAGUGACAAUUCUGUCUGUCCCGUCUUUUGUCGAAUCUAUGAAGAUCCUCCAUCCAACAGCUAUCACACCCACCGAGACUCUGCAGGUUUGGCAAGAACAAGUACUCCUAUCACAGCAUGGAGGAUUUGGUCGGAAGUUUGUACGUGCAACACAAGUGCUGUACCCCCCAACAUCCAGCACUCCGCCAAAUAGCAAUGUGGACGAAAAGGCUGGUACAAAUAUUAUGUCCUUUGAUAAUUCCGGCACGCUUCUGGCGACGAGAACUGAGAAUAUGCCAACAACAAUCUGGAUAUGGGAUAUUGGGACCAAGAUACUACGAGCGGUUAUGAUAAUGCAUGCUCCCAUCGCACGAGUCACCUGGCAUCCGAGCAUCGGUGGGGUGCUUAUGAUUAGAUGCGAAAAUGAAGACAGCCGCGGCCUUGUCCACCUAUGGGAUCCUUCUUGGGAAAACCCGGAGAUCAUUGAUUUUGCAGCACAAAUGGGUGGGAACAAGGUUCUUGGAAAGACCAUUGCCCGAUGGCUGAAUACUCAGAGUGCAAGCCCGGCAAUGCUAUUUAGUGAUUUGCACGACUAUCUUCUUGCUUCCAUAUCCGGAUCUGACGACGACGACUUGCCGUGGCAAGAUGGCCCAACGCGAGAGUUUGAUAUAUAUGGACAGAGACAGGAAUCCCCGUUGAACCUGGUACCAGUGAACGAGAAGAGGGGAUCUCACAAGAUAUCAGUUGAUGCUCUAAUGGAGGACGAUGGCUUUACUAAAAUGAGUAGUGGGAGUGAUGAGGUGGAAGAUACUUUCCAAUUUCGAAAGUUUGUUGAGUAA